CGCCAGAGCACUGGUGUGUCAGUGAGGGAGCCACACACACAGUGCCUCUCUGCUCUCCUCUCCCGCAGCUUCUCUACUCUCAAGGAACUGCUCCGGGAAACCUCGCCAAAAGAUCAAAGUGACGUGUUUCAGCGCUGUGAAAAGUUGGUAGUCGCUGCUGGGGUUUUCUUGCGCGUGUAGCGAGGCUCCCAGAGCGGUUGUUGGUCCUACAUAAACAGUGGAAUAUUUGUUACUAGUGGGAUAGAGAUGCUCGAGGCUUGGCAAGAGUGAAGCUCCUCAUAGCACUGUUGAGGGUCAGGUAGUGAAGAGGACAGUGGAACGACCAGGUGUGGUGUCGAGUCGUACGGUAGCACACAGAGCAGGAACGACCAGGUGUGGUGUCGAGUCGUACGGUAGCACACAGAGCAGGAACGACCAGGUGUGGUGUUGAGUCGUACAGUCCAGCAAGGGAACCCGCACCUCGCACUCCGUCAUGACUCUGUUGUGGAGCUGGUUUCUGGUGGUGAUGGCGCUGGUGGUGCCCGCCCUCCCUCAGCUGGCUCUUCCACGUGAUGGCGGUGGCCACGGCGGCGGUGGUGGCCACGGUGAUGGUGGCCACGGAGGCGGUGGUGGCCACGGAGACGUUGGGUACGGAGGCGGUGGCCACGGCGACGGUGGUGGCCACGGAGACGGUGGAUACGGAGGCGGUGGUGGCCACGGAGGCGGUGGCUACAAGCCGUCUCCCUGCCACCCUCAGACCAUCACCAAAUACAACACCAUCUAUAAGGACAAGAAAGCAGAUGUGGUCAACAAUGUGGAAGUGAGGAACCCCAAGCCUCACGUGAAGAAGAUCGUGGAGACCCGCUACACCACCCUCAGGUACCCGGUGUUCAUCACCCAGGUGAUCAAACCGCUACUGACGCAGGUGGAGACGAAGGUGCGCCCCGUCUUCUUCACCAAGACCAUCAACCGCUACACCACCGUCAAGUUCACCGUGACGGGCAUCGGCCAAGUCACCAUCACCACCGUCAAGUUUGAGAAGGAGUACAUCACCCGCUGCAUGAAGAAAGGCUACGGACAUCGCGAUAAUGACGAAGGUCCUGAGGUUCGGGAGAGUGUUGAUCCGGACACCGUGUCAGUGUCCGCUUACACCACCCAGGAGCCUGCGCCGCCCCCUGGCAUACCCUGGGGAAGGCCGGUUGGGCCGCCCCUCCGCGGACCUUCCGGUUAUCCGACGGCGGGGAAUACUGAGCCGUCGGCGGCUAGACUGACGCAGGAAGCGCGACCACUUCUCAGUCCAAGCUUUUCCUCUCACGGCAAUGGCGGGUUUAGAUCCGUGAAACGACCGGCAAGGCCGUAUAUACCAGCCCCGCCGCGAAUUGCAGGGCCAUCCGGACCUUUUGGGAUGUUCGGUGCUCAGGUAGGCAAAGGUCUUGCUGGAUCUCAACGUGAUUUUCCUACGCAACCAAUUCGCCCUCACCCGGCUCUCUCCCGCCCCCCUGUUGCUGUCAUAGGGUGAGCGACACUCUUAGAGGAUACACUCAUGUAUUGCCUCUGUUCAUAGCCCAACUAGUCUCGUGGUUAAUGACUCGUUCUUAACCAGUCAACUUGUGACGUUCGUGUUGGUUCUGAUUAUCUCCCUCUCGCUAACAGUCAAUCGGUGUACGUUGAAAGCCUUCACUUAAGGCUCCCCAAGCCUAAUGAUCCUCACAAGACAAUAGGCUUGUGUGAUGUGGUCAUGCGAAUCCUGCGCGACGCCAACCUUCGCGGGCUUCAUCUACUGAGUUCCUGCUUCAGUAAUACGGGAAGCUGUUCACUUCUGUCGGUUCUACAGAGCGUGCUGGCGCGCUCCACUCUAUAACUGGCAGCCUCGCUAUGCGAUUCAUUUAUGAUCAUAUUUUGUUAUAUAUAAAAUAUUUUGGUAUAUAG